GUGGUGAUCCGACCGAUGAUGUACGUCGCAUUGACCUACGAUCAUCCGCUGAUCGACGGGAGAGAGGCGGUGACCUUUCUCAGAAAGUUCAAACAAGCUGUGGAAGAUCCUCGAUGUCUUCUUCUAGGGCUGUCACCCGAGGACGAGGCCUUCGAUCCAUUCCCUCGUGCGAACCGGCCGAGUCCAAGCCACAGAGAGACGGCUGAGUUCAUCAUCCGAGUUCACAGGUACCGCUUCAUCCAUCAGCAAGGGUGGAACUUUGAGAUUGAAGUAGCUCCAGACGACCAGCGACUGAACGAGGCAGUACAUCAACAUGGACGACGCCCAGAGCCUGACCGCGAUUCAUCUGUCCGUGUUGAUGCGGUCGAGGGAGAGGCUCGCGGGCGCAGCGGCCUCGAGGACUUCCCAUGGGAGGUCCUGCUGAAGAUGGCGGUGCUGACGAGUCUCGACGUUUCCGGUGGCUCCCUGGCGGCGCUGCCGGCGCUGCGGAGUCACGUGCUCGAGGAUCUCGCACUGGCGGAUAAUCGAGUGUCCGCUGUUGAAGGGGGUUGGUUCCUGCCGAAUCUGAUCGACCUUGAUCUGCCGUCAUGCUGUGAACUGCGUCAGUUGCACAUUUUCUCAUCCGGGAAAGCCCCGAAUAUAAAAGAGGCGUCUGUAUUCGACGAUUCCGUCUUUCGGAUCCAGCCUCGCCCCGUCUCUACCUCCAUGUGUUCGGCCACGGAGAAACGGAUCGUUCUCGCCCUUUUCUCUCUCCUUCUCUCCCUCGCUCCACGGACGUCGGGGCAGUUCCCACGCCCCGAUCCGGAGGACAAUUCCCCCUGCACCUGCUCCCACGACGGACAAGGCGAAAACAUCACAUUAGAUUGUACGUUGGCGACCACGAGUGAAAUCUUCUUCGCCUUCAACGACGUCGCCUGGUUCUCGAACCUUACAAUACUGAUCGUGAAAGCAUUUCGGAUGGGGAAGAAAGAGAGCGGGAGGACGCGACCCAUCUUCACUGAGGUGGGGCAAGAAGAGGAUAGAAACACGAUUAUGAAAGCUGCUAGCAUGCGGACGAAAAAGGAAAAGGAAAAUUCCACCUGGAUGUGA